AUGGCUUCCUCCGAACCUAUUCGCCCUCAUCAGAGGAAGCUGUUCGUGCUCUGCUUUGAUGGUACGAAUAACAAGUUCAGUGGCACAGAAAAGGACAGUAAUAUCCUCAAGCUGUACCGGAUGCUCGAUCGAACCGAUGCCAACGUUUACACAUUUUACCAGCCAGGCAUUGGAACAUACGUCGCUUCUCAUUUUAUGCAAAGCACUUCUGCUGCAGGACGUGCGAGGUCGUGGUAUUUGAAAGUCAAAGACUCUGCGUUUGGCUCAUCGUUCGCCGAACAUGUCAUGGGCGCAUACCGAUACCUCAUGAAACACUACAGUAUCGAAGACGACCUUUAUCUCUUUGGCUUCAGUCGCGGAGCAUAUACCGCCCGAUUCCUUGCUGAGAUGCUUGAUCAGAUCGGCCUCAUCAAUGCUGGCAAUGAAGAGCUUGUUCGCUUUACCUGGAAAACUUAUGCAGAUUGGGCCGCAAGGAGAAACGAUGGCACUAUCAAAGCACAAUUGAAAGAAGACAAACAGGAGACUUUCAGUCGACCUGUGCGUCGAAUUCGCUUUCUCGGUCUUUUUGACACUGUGAACUCUGUUCCCAAAUUCGAAAACGCAUGGAUGCAGCGGACCAGAUUUCCUUACACUGCGAAGCCAUCUGCCAAGGUUAUUCGACAUGCUGUAUCAAUCGACGAACGACGUGCCAAAUUCAGGCAAGAUCUGGUCGCUGUCUCGAGGCCACAAAGUACUGUCAAGAAGGCCGAAUCCGCAUCGAGGAAUGAAACGGACGCAAUUCAUCCUUCCAAUCCUGCAAUCGGUGGACAAAGUGAGGAAGUGCAGUCAAGCAACUCUCCAAAUCUAACAACAACUUUGUCCCGAGUCAACCCGUCAACUCACAAACGGCUACUAACGCCCAAUUUCCCUCAAUUCCCCAAAUCACUGUUCAAAAAACCACCACUACCGAAAGUCCCAAUUCGACUCCCGUCAAUUCCAAGAGUGACAGAAUAUACUCCACGCCGAUACUCGGGUAGUGACCAGGGUCAGGACGUUAACGAAGUGUGGUUUGCUGGCGGUCACUCUGAUAUCGGUGGAGGCUGGCGAAAAGCUACGGGGGAGACUUGGCCGCUGAGCCACACACCACUGGUCUGGAUGAUCCACGAGGCUGAAGCAGCAGGUCUGAAAUUUGACGCAGAGAAGAUGGCAAACUUUCUGUGCAUUCCCGAGUCAGUUGACGAAAAUGGUGAGCGAAAAGAAAACCCCAAGAUUCGCGAAAUAUUCCUCCGAGCGUUACAAGAAAGCUACCGCAAUGGAGUGAUUCACGACUCUCUGGAGAAGGGACCAGAAGUGCCCGCCAGGACCGCCAAUUUCUGGAAGAUGAUCGAAUAUCUACCAUUCCGGCGGAUGGAUCUGCAGCCAGAUGGAAGCUGGAAGGUCAUCCGAUGGCCACUCCCCAUGGGUGAACCACGCGACAUUCCGAGCAAUGCCAAUAUUCAUUACUCGGCGAUUGAACGGAUGAGGAGUGAUCCCGACUAUCGCCCAGGCAAUCUAAUUGUCGGAGGUGGUGGGCGAGGUGUCCGCAUAGCGCCGGCCGAGUUUGGGAUUGGCAAUUGGGAGCUGAUGAAGUGGCCGGGAGAUCCUAUCAAGGAAACCUUUGUACGCAAGACUGGGAAAGCUCAGAAGAUCGACCAUGACGAAAGCCAAGUUGGUGAACGUCAACACGACACGCUUGUUGAAUCUCCGAAUGAAGAGUGA